CACCGCCGCCGUGGCUCGCUCGUGUGCACAUGCGAGACUGCGCGCGCGUCCGUCUCUCGCUCGCAAUCAUCUCUUGGUUCGCCGGUACGCUCUGUGUAUUAACGACGCGUUCUCUUCUGGAUAUCGAGCCGUAUAGCGUGUGAGUUUUUCCUCUCGAUAAGAGAGCCUCAUGUUGAAAGAUCUAGUCGAUCAGUUUGACUCGUGACUAUCGUACGAGAAGGAUCGUUUUCUCUCAAUCGGAUUAUCGUGUCAACGUUUUUUUCGCAACUUCGGAAAACUUCCUUACGAAGAUUCUUUUUUUUUCUAAAUCGUUUUUAUACUCUUCCGACAAAAUCAUUUUACCGCAUCGUACAGUGAAACGUACAGUGAAUAAGUUUUUUGGAGUUCAUCUUUAUCGGGGCAUACACGAUUGGUGCACGUGUGCAUCCGUGGUCCCGGUGCGCACGGUAUAUCGGAGCUUCGAUCAACGAGAGAAGCCCGACACCUCGUUAGCGUCACGGAUAUAUUACAUAGUCGGCACGAAAAGCUUUGACAUUUGGCAAAUGUCAGUGACAGUCGCUGGCGGAGCGGCUUCCGCGUAAUCGGAGCGUGGUUCGUGAUAAACGAUAAGGAAAACGGUCGUUGUAGUUCGUUUCAGUGUUUCCCAUUUCGACAUACGAAUCCGGCCGGUUGUUUUCAUUAAUCUCGUGCUACAAGAUCGAAUUCGAGAAGAGACAUGUGAUCUUGUGUUGGAUACGAGUAAGGAAUAGAAUCGAGAAGAAGCAUCAACUGGUCUGGUCUCCGAAGGCUCAAAAGUCUUGAAGAUGGACUGGAUGAGGAGACAGGACAUUAAGGAGGAGUCACCGGAAACUCCUACCGCUCUGACACCGGAUGAACCUGACGAGUGCUACUUCGAGGAAGACACCUCGAUAGACGAGGGCAUGGGUCUGGACAAUGUGAGCUCAGCGACCCUCAGGCCUUUCAACUCGGACAUCAACACGCCGAGAAUCGAUAGCUAUAGGUUCUCCAUGGCAAAUCUGGAAGAUUCUCAGGAUGUCGAUCUGGAUGCUAUCCUCGGAGAGCUGUGCGCUCUGGAGCGCCGCUGCGACGGCGACAUCGCUUCUACACCUGCACCCGAUUCGCAGAGACAGGGCCGACCUAACAGCACCAGAAUCACUGCUGGGGACAAUACCGAUAUCGGGAAAAAUGAAGGAGCUAUGCGCACCGAUAGUCCUGACAAUGACAGCGCGUUCUCGGACACGGUGUCGAUGCUGUCCAGCGAGAGUUCCGCGAGCAGCAGCGGUUCCGGACACAAACCACCUCAGACCGCCAUGCACACAGGUCCUCAGCAACAAUCUCAUCAACUCAUGGACGCUGCAAGCCGAGUCAAGGCAGAAAAAAUCCGCUUGGCGUUGGAAAAGAUGCGCGAAGCCAGCGUUCAAAAGCUCUUCAUCAAAGCGUUCACCUUGGACGGCAGUGGUAAAAGUUUGCUUGUAGACGAAGGAAUGAGCGUAGCGCACGUGUGCAGGCUUCUAGCUGACAAAAAUCACGUGCCAAUGGAUCCAAAGUGGACGGUGGUCGAGCAUUUGCCUGAUCUUUUCAUGGAGAGGGUAUACGAAGAUCACGAGUUGCUGGUAGAAAAUCUUUUACUGUGGACCAGAGACUCGAAAAAUAAGCUGCUUUUCGUCGAGAGGCCAGAGAAAACUCAAUUGUUUCUUACUCCAGAGAAAUUCCUUUUAGGUCCAUCCGAUAGGAGUAGCGGCGAAUAUGACGAUCAUUCGCGUAAUAUUCUUUUAGAAGAAUUCUUUUCUAGCAGCAAUGUUGGCGUACCAGAGGUUGAAGGGCCAUUGUAUCUGAAAUCUGACAGCAAAAAGGGAUGGAAAAGGUACCACUUUAUUCUACGAGCAUCCGGCCUCUAUUAUUGGCCAAAGGAAAAAGCUCGCACCGCUCGUGACCUGAUUUGUCUGGCUACUUUCGACGUGAAUCAAAUUUACUACGGCAUUGGUUGGAAGAAGAAAUACAAAGCCCCAACAGACUUCUGUUUCGCUGUCAAACAUCCCAGAUUGCAGCAGCCAAAAUCGACAAAGUACAUCAAAUUCCUCUGCGCUGAGGAUAAUGCGUCGUUGGAACGAUGGAUGGUUGGAAUCAGGGUGGCCAAAUAUGGAAGACAGUUGAUGGAAAAUUACAGAACCCUGGUUGAUGAACUUGCCCAGGAGGAUCUCGACAUGCUGGCCCACGCAAGAUCCUGUUCCGUUAGCUCGAUCGCUGUACCGGCACAGAAUCAAACUCAGUACAACACGACCAACGAUAACGCUCGUCAGUUCACGGAGAAUUCAAGGCACAACGCGGAAGUAGCUAAUACUAGACAGUAUGACAGCCAGAGACAAAGUUACAAUUCUGAACAACGACAAAGUUAUAAUAACGAUGGUAGACUGAGCAGAGCCAGCAGCUCGAGUUCCAGUGGAUGCCUUUCUGAUGGAGCACCCAGUAGUUGCGAGGUAGCUUUCGAGUGUGGCGAGUUUCCAACAGGUACGAUAAAAAGGAAGCCCUCGAUGAAUCCGAAAUUGCCCUUAACAUCGAUCACGAGACAAUUGAAGGAAGUAGGUGAAACAGUUCGCGAUGAGCCGGAUUCUUGUCCGAGUCCAACGAGCUCGGGUUCUGGAACAUUGACCAGAAGGCAUAGUCGAAGGAGAAGCGGCACUGAUUCGGAUGGAUCUGGAACUUUGAAGAGACAUCACCGAUCUGGCAAUGCGACUCCAGUAAGUCCUGUACCGCCUGGCACACCGGUUAGGGAACGAGCAAGUCCAAUGGGAUACAACAGAUCAGAGAAUCAGGAACCGAAGACACCAACGAGUCCGAUACCAUCGUGUAUGAUGGAUUCGAUUACUUCGUUACCACCACCACCAUCACCCUCAAGAGUGGCGGAGGAAGGAGAAUCCGACAAUGAGCCACUUCCUCCACCUCCACCAGAAAUGUUCCGAUCGAAUCUCUCCCUGGAUUCUCUACCACCGCCUCCAGCACCUGGUGAACUGCCAAUGUGCAACACUCCAGAGCUCACGGGUUCUUCGUUAAGUCUGGCAUCUCUUCCGCCACCUCCAAGUCCUUUAGUCGGUGAAACAGGAACUAUCCGACGCGCUAGGCCCAAACAAUCCACACCUACAAACUCAGUAACUCCAGAGAGCACACCAACUCACACGUCAUCUAGACCGUCGACCAAUCAGCAGAUGUAUUCGAAUCCAAGCAACUCGACGAUACAGAAUAACCAGAGCUAUAGUUCAAAUACACAAAACGCUCUUCACGCGAACAACGCGACAAAUUCGGUACCCUCUCCGCAUAGUUCCUAUCCAGGGUCCAGCGCCAGCACACCAACGUACGUUCCAAGUUCGCCAAACUUUGCCUCGCCUCCCCCAUUCGUUCCUCCGCCAGCUUAUGGAUCCCAGCAACAGCACGGCAACAGUUCAAGCCUGACGAGACAAAACUCAAAGGUAGAAUCGAUAUACGGAACCCAUCCGACGGUUCACCAACACAACACGGUUCAACCAAUCAGGCCAAAUCCGAACAUGGACACUGUGCGACGAAGUGCCAUGAAGCAAGGUUCCGGACAUUACGCGGCUCCUCCUUAUCUAGCAGAGUUGAAAGCUGCCUCCAGUCCCCAGCCUCAGCGUAGAGUAACUAUUCAAGAACCACCAACGUCGCCCAAAUCGAAGACGGGUACUGGCAAGAAGAUCACGUUCAAUCUUCCGCCUCAGCAGGAACCAGGGAGUCCAGCUUUGCCACAGAGAAAACCGAUGCCACCGAGAAGGUCGGAUAGCACGAGGCUCACAUCUCCCAAGAAGCUUGCCGCAUCUGAUCAGGCACCUCCAGGUGAUUUCUUAAAGGAUCUUCAGAGAGUAAUGAGGAAAAAGUGGCAGGUUGCGCAGAAAUGUAAACUGGAUUCGACCACCACUCCUCACGAAGUUCUUGGUUUUCGCGAUCCACCGCCUGCUGUGGCUGAUUACAGAGAGACCAACGUGUCGAACUGGGUUCAGGAACACUAUGGAGCUGAUAAUUUAUAUGAGAAUGUCUACGCGACGGAUCCACACGCUCCAGUGGAGUACGCAUCCAGUCCAGCCCGGCAAUCAACUGUCAGGUUCGCAGAUGAGAAUCGCAGCAUUAAUAUCGUGAACGCGAUCGCCAGUAAAAGAAGGCCACCUCCGCCACCACCGAAAAGGGCAGAAACUACCCAUCUGACCACCACCAGGGCGAUGCACUGACAAUAGCAGAUACUUCAGCCCCAUCCCGAAAGGCGAUGGUUUUGCUGUUUGUGCAGCUGGUGGAAGGGCUAACAGAGGGCGAGUGUACGAGGUCCUAAUAAUCGAGUCUACACGUUGAUCGUUCUCUGUGUCUAUCGUAUGCCUUCGAACGAGGCGACGAAGAGAAAAGCGGAAGAUCGACGAUUAUCCUUGAAGAGAAGUUGAGCUUUAUGUUGUUCGUCGUACGUCGCCAGUGUUUUGCAUUGAAUCACACGGCUUGCCUGGAAAAUCCUUUGGUGUCUACCCAGAAAUUCAAACAGCUGCGGCCCGUUUUCUAGGAUAAUCGAUGUACAAUCGUAGGGUCUCGAGGACAAACAGUCCGAUCGAUACUGCCAAUCGAAACUGAUCACGACGAACCGAGUUGACGGGUCACAGGCUCGAGCUCGGCCGGUCGAAUAUAGGAGAAUUUUCUUUAGCAACAAGUUUUUUGGUAUACCGCGAAUCGGAGCUGCGGAUUAACUUAUCAACGAGUAUCGAUGUCAAACAUCAAUCUCAGCGCCGAUAUGUCGACGGCCGAUCAAGUUUAGGGCGUAAAAGAAACAAAUACUGCCGUAUAUAUUGAGGAUGUGAUAUAAUAAGUCUUAAGCUGCUAAUUUUCGUUGUCCCUUCGGGAGCUUGGGACGAUUGUCGAUUUCCAAGCGAUUUCGAUGUCAAUUUUCAUUUCGAUACCGCCACCAACUUGCGAUCUUUUCGGUUGGUGAUGAACCGAUUUAAAAAUGAUAAAAAAAAAAAAAAUGAAAAAAAAAAAAAAAAGAAAGAAAGAUGAGAAAAUAAAUGCACGAGAAUCGCGAUCGCAUUUCUCUGUGCAAAUUAAAUAAUCCAGAGUUCACUAGGCUUAGCUAAGUAUCUCUGAUAUUCGCUGACGCGCGUUAAAUAAGAUGAAAGGACGGUUGUUUUUUACAUUAUUCCAAAGGACAACAAUUGUAUCGUGACGUGAAUAAAAUGAAUAUGAACGAUGAAUACAAACGAGAUGGAGAUUUUGUUACUUUGUGGAGGAGGAGAUGUUCCUCGUACACAUGAAAUGAAAAAAACGAAAACAAGAGGAAAAAGACACCGUUCACAGAACCAUACGCAAGACGAACACGUACUGCGUUUUUUUAAAAGCCUCGUACAUAGGUGUGUAUGUAUAUAAAUGAAACACGUAUGAGCGUUUAUAUCAAUAUAUCGACUUUUUGAUGCUGUAUGUUUAGAUGGUAUCGUACGAUAUUGAAAUAUCCUCUGCGACGUGUACGCGAUAACGCAUAAUCUAUUUCGAUGGACCUCGAUCGUGAAUUCUACGCGCGACGCUAUUUGCUCUUCGUCGCCGAGGCUAUUACACACACAAUACACAUACACACAAGAAUACAUCCAAUUUUUACGACCAAUGCGAUUGUUACGCCGACUCUUUAACGUAUCGCGCGACCUACAACUCGAGAUCUUGUUCAUGAAAUUUUCAUCUCUUCUUUCCGUUUUCAUUACGCUGCCUCAACUUCCUACUAAAUUAUCGAUGACAUGGGAACGUGACUCGUUAAACGAGACUUCGAAGCGAUUGAACAAUUUCGUUUUCGAUCGAUCGCAGGAAAUACGUGGACUUUGAAAUUUAUUCGUACCGAGCUUAUUACGUUAAUGUAAUUUUACCUUUUACUGACUGUACACUGUUAAUCCGUAUUUCAACGAGUGAAAUAAGAAAUAAAAUAAGGAUUCGAUAUUGUCAAUGUUAUAUGAUUUGGUGCACGAUCGAACAAGACUUCUUCUUUUACUUUUCUUUCUUUUUUUUUUUUUUUUAAUCGACAUAGGAAAACAAUUUCUCAUGGAUUAUAUCGAUUUGUACCAAAUCAAGUAUACUUACAUACUUUUAAGAAUCGCUGUUUUUUAACAUAUUGUCCGUUAAUUACGUAUACAUUACGUGCAUUAAUAUCGAUUUAAUUCACUCGAACUUUUCUAACGCUUCAUAGCUCGGUUUCGCUAUUCUCGCAAGUCCGCGAUGUAUCGACACGUUGAAAAUUCAUAAAGUCGAUAGCGUCGAGUGAUCAAGAACGAUCUUGGAGAGUAUCCAUCAACUUUUCUACGCUACUUCACCCAUAUCUGUCUCAAUCUUUCUAACGAAUGAACUUAGGGCAACUACGCUCUACCGUACCGUUUUAUACAACCAUAUCGAUUAAGAGCAAUACGAGAAGGGGCAUUUUCUGCCAUUAGAACUCGUGUGAUCGCCAAUGAAACUAGCAGCAACGGCCAUCUAACAACCAAACUGUCUAAUUUUUCAUAUCGGAGCUAUCUAGCAAGGAGGGCUGUUAGAUUUUUUGUUCAAUUUUUCCAACGAGAACACGAUUUUGUGCUCUUAUCGAAUCGUUCUAAUUUGGACAAGAAAAUUAAAUAAAAAAUGGAGUCUCGUCGAGUCGUGAGCUUUUUACGACGUCAUAUACCGGAAGAAGCGACGAAGAUGCGAUAUUUUCUACUAGCCGAUUUUGAUAAAGAGCUAGGUGUCAAAGGGAGACUAUUUUACGCGUAUCCAGUGCCUCUCCUGGUGAGCAUUUUUUCUAAUUACCCAAACACCGACACACGAGACUCCUGCAACCGUUUCUUCAAAAUAAUUCAUAAGGUAUGAAAGAAUAGGAGAGGGUUGAUGUCGAUUUAGAAUGAUAAUCGUCUGCCGUGCCCGCGGUCCAAUUAAAAUGAACCAAUAAUAGUAAUGGUAACGAUAUUGAUAACAAUAUCCGUUUUUUUUUUUUUUUUUUUUUUUUUUUUGGACUAAUCGUAUUAUCGAUCUUAACAAUAUUGACUGUCGUAUGUGUCUGUCUUUUACGAUAGACUGGCGUUUCUACGAUUAUCCUGUGACCGGCUUUACCGCGUUCAGGAUGGUCUGCUUGAUCAUUGACUAGUACCACGUGGAGCUCCUUUAACGCGGUUGCUCGAGAUUGAAGAGGAAAAAUAUAUGGAUACGACUUAGAGAAGAAUGUUAGGAUGAUAGAUUUAAAGAAGAGAAUUUUGAUAUCGUUUAAUAUUGUUUUAUUUGCGAUUGGAAACAGCGAAGGAUUGUUUCCGGAUGUAGCUUGUUUCGAAUUAAAGGGAAAACUAGCUUUUCAUUUUCAAGCUAUCUUUUCGAUCAAGCGUAAAAGAUAAAAAGUAAAUAAGCUUAUAAUUUUAAAAAGGAAUAUUUUAUGUUUAAGAUGAGAAACUGAAAAUUGUUCUUCUCUUGUUCUUAUUAGUUUUUGAUAUCUUAGAAGUGGAAAGUAUAAUAUAGUUUUGAGUAAAUGUCGGAGUAAUUUCUAUUAAUAUCGAACAUCCUGUAACUGACACGAUUUAAGCGAUGUUUUUACACAUAUUUGUAUUAUUUUGUAAGGUUCGAUUUAUUUAUUUUAAUUUUGUACAUAAUUGUGAUUCUAAAGUUAGUACAAAUAUUUAAUAAAAGUAUGUAGAAAUGAAUAGGAUGUUUUAAGUUCAUAUCUUAAUUUAAUAUAUAGAGAUUUGUUUUUCUUUUAGCGAUAUCUUCCUUUUAAGGUUAACCCUGAUAUUAAAUAAAGAACAGUGGUUAACGUUUGGGUUACCGAAGGAAACUUAUACGUUUGUUUAAUUCGUGUCUAUGUCUAACAUCGAUAAAAUUAUUCACAGAAAUCGUAACACAAGAGGACGUAGAAAAAUAUGUAAAACAAAAUAUAAUAGAAAAAUAAUUCCAUUAUUACAGUAACUAGACAUUUAAAUGUUUGUUCACCCUAAUAUAAGAAAAAAAAAGAAAGGAGAGCAUAGAAAAAUACCUAAAGUAUUUUCAUAAAAUAUAACGCACGAUUAACUGUACUAUCGCGACAACUAAUAAAGCAAUAAAACAUUUUCUAAUACUAAGAGAAAGAAAAGAAAAGAAACACUUUUUCAUAUGGAAGUUUUUCCACACAUUUUACCAAUAUUAAUUGCGUUUCUUGCUAGACGACACUUUACGAAGUUGCCUUUUCUUGAGCAACCCCGCAAAAAAAAAAACUCGCGCCACGUGGUUCCAGUUUCUCGGAAAUUUUGUAAGAACGGCCGGCGCGAAGCGAACAACUCCUUUUUAUACCCGUACAGUUUAAGAAAACAUUAAUCGUGCUAAACGACAAGAAAGAAAGAAAUUCAUAGAACGAGAGAGAGAGAGAGAGAGAGAGAGAGAGAGAAAGAGAGAGAAAGCAUGUCGAAAAACAGCAGGUAGCUUUAGCGGUAGAUUGCUUGAUCGUUUCCGUAGCGCUGAUGAACGCUGAUUUGAUUGAGUGCCGCACACUUUGGAGCGCCAGCAAGAACGAUCACGACCAACGAUAUAUGGACGAUCGACGAUUUAUGUCAUGUAUCUAUGUUCAUUCUACGAUUAAAAUGAUCGCUGAUCUUCGAAAAAAAUAAUUUCACGUCAAAAAAAAAAAAGAAAAGAAAGAGAUCAUUCGUCGAUGGAACACCGUGUCGAUCGAGACUCGCGUUUAUUGAUCGAGUGGUUCGACUGGAAAAUUGAAUUCCCUUGCUUUUUAGUAAAAGGGUCGAGUGCAAUUGGAGGCAAUUUGUAAACGUCGUAAGAUCGUGUAUUGUACGAUCGUGAAUGAGAGAGGAAGACGAAAUGGAUAAACGUUAACGAUGAUUGUAAAGGAAUCGAUGGUGUGUUCUUGAAGACGACAAGAUGAAAGGGAGAGAGAGAGAGAGGGGGAAAAAAGAUAACACGUUUAUCGUUGUGUAUCUCGUACCUAACUACACUUUCUUUUCUUCUUUCUCUGAUACCGAGUAUACCCUGUGUUGUACGUACGUUUUUUGUAAAUAUUGUAACGAACAGACGAGGCAGAGCGCAGAAAGAUGAGACAAAAAUGAACGAUCGUCGAAGGGGUUGUGAGAGACGCCCGCGACCGAUUUUAAUAAUAAUAAACGCACUAUUUAUGACGAUGAGGAGAAGGUGAUUUUUCGUUUUUGUCGCGCACUACACGCGUACACGCACGUACGAAUCGUAUGGAAGGGGUGAAGCUGAGCGAAAUAUAACGGGAGGGCGUGAAAAAAAGGAAGGGAAAAAUAUAGAAUGGAAAAAUCCAGUCUUGCGAACGGGGCUCCACUGCGUUUCGUUUGAUUUAUCCGGUUUCGACACACUGUUUUCGCAAAUCUUAUCGAUUUACGUUUCUCUUACGCAUACUUUUAGAAGUUAGACCCGUUUAAUAGUUGUUUCUCGCUAUUUUCUGUUUUUCUUUUUCUUUUCUUUCCGUUCUUUUUCUCUUUUAGACUAUCGCGACGUUAAAAAAGAAAACAAAGAAAAAAAUGCGACAAUAUCGAUUAGUUUGAAAGGAUGUAUCUCGACGCCGAUUGUUUUUUCGAUAUAUUGACACCGAAUGAAAAUGACAAAAAAAUGCAAGCAGCAGUUGAAAUAUUAUAGGUAUUAUAUUCAUGUUUUUAUGUAAAUAAAUUUUUGGUAUAUUUCAA